GGAUUAAACUUUAAUUGAUGUUACUUUCUGGGUCGGUCUCCUCGUCCGUUACAGCUCGUCCUACUCGUUCAGUUUUUACAAUUUCUGUUAACAUGUUUCAUUCUACAUCUCCUCAUAGUUACAGGGGUUUCCCACCUCACACAAACUGAGCUGUUUCUAUUUUACAGACAGAAAGAGAAAGAGACAUCAUCACCGACUGUUUAUAGAAAGCUGUGAAGAGAAAAUGAAAGAGAAAAUUGUGUAGUUCCAGUGUGUGUCCUGCAGGGGGCGCUGUGGUCUGCACUGUUUUCACAAUAACACACACAGAGAGGGGGGUAUAAAGAGAGCGUGUGAGACUCAGAGAGGAACAGAAAGGCUGGAGACCCUCGGCUUCACUCGUCUGGAUUUUACCCCGCGACUGGUUCUGAUUUCCAGAGGAACGUCGACGCAGAGCAGCUGCUUCAUCCAUCCAUCAUUCAGUCAUCCAUUCAUCAGCCUGUUAAUCCUCUGAGGAGUGAGAUGUCUCCACUGUCUGUCUGCCGGAUCUCUGCUCUCUCAGCUGUGCUGCUGCUGCUGACGUCGUGGUGCGUUCAGGGACUCCUCCAGGUGGACGUGUUACCCAGAAGGCCUCUCAUCAGGCUCGGGCAGUGGCAGCAGCUGUUCUGCCGGGUGCAGGGAUGUCCCACAACGCCGACCGUGUCGUGGUCGUGGCUGAACGACCGGCCCCUCGCGGCCUCAGUGAAAUCCAAUCAGAGCGGCUCCUCCGUGACCUUUGACCCCGUCAGGAUGGACCACGAAGGAACCCUGCAGUGCCGGGUCCGCUGCGGGGAGGAAAGGGGGAAGAGCCUCAGCACCCUGUACCUCUACUCCUUCCCAUCGGACCCUCUGAUUGGUGGACAGGAGCGGCUCAGGUUGGGGGCGGAGUCUGUGCUCACCUGUCAGGUGUCUGAUGUGUACCCCCUCGAGCAGCUGACGCUCAGCUGGCUGCAGGGAGACACCGUGCUGCAGAGCGCCAGGGGCGCGGAGCGCUCAGAGUACCGGUUCAAACCCCAGGAGCAGGACCGGGGGCGGAGCCUGAUCUGCAGGGCGACGCUGGACCUGAAGGACCUGCCGACGGAGGACCAGACCCGCGAGACUGAAGUUCUGCUGGAUCCGCUCUUCGCUCCUGUGGUGACGGAGAUCCCCUCCUCUGUUCUGCUGAUGGCCGGCGCUCCUUUCGUCCUCUCCUGCUCCGCGAAGGGAAACCCGGAGCCGCAGAUCAGCUGGAGCUUCAGGUCUGCAGGCGGACAGGUGGAGGCGAGCGGACCCUCUGAUAGGCUGGAGAUCGCUCAGGUGAGGCUGAGUGACGCCGGACGCUACGACUGCGAGGCGAGGAACAGCGAGGGGAAUCACAGCACCAGCGUGGAGGUCAGAGUGCACGCCCCCCCCACCAACACCUCCCUGUCAGUGAGUCCAGGUGAGCAGGUGCUGGAGGGGCAGCAGGUGACCUUUACCUGCCAAUCAGACGGAGCCCCGCCCCCCACGCUGGUGCUGAGGAGGGAGGGGGAGGAGCUUCAGAGGACAGACUCUGCCUCCUCCUCCUCUCUCUCCUUCAGUCUCUCCUCCGCCUCGCUGCAGGACUCCGCCUCCUACGUGUGUGAAGCAUCCAAUCAGUACGGAGCUCACCUGGUGAACCGAUCCAUCGCCGUCACAGCUCACCCCCUGCAGGUGGAUCUGAGUCCCCUGGUCCCUGCAGCAGAUCGGGGUUCAGAUGUGUUGCUCACCUGCCGGGCCUCUGGGUGUCUCCUCCCCCCCACCUUCACCUGGAGGAGGACUGACCAGAACCACACCGUCCUCCAGGGGUCACACCAGAACCAGAACCACACCCUCCUCCACCUGCAGGAUGUGGACCUCCAGGAUGAGGGAGGGUACAGCUGUGAGGCCGAGUGUGACUCUGUGAUCCGGACCGCAGAGAUCCAGGUCCACGUCUUCUCGUUCCCGUCCGAUCCGGUUCUGGAAGCUCCCGUUCCGGUCCUUCUGGGUCAGGAGGCGGUUCUUCGUUGUAACGUCACCAACGUGUUCUCAGCCAAUCAGAUGAGGAUCCUGUGGUUAUCUGGCAACAGGACGCUGAUGUCCGAGUCGCUCAGGUUCUCCGGUUCCUUACAGAACGUCUCGUCUGUUCUUCAGUACCAGGUCCAGGAGGAUCAGCCGGUUCUGGUCUGCAGGGCGGAGCUGCUGAGGGAGGACGGAGACGUUUGGAGGUCCAGGACGACGGGUGUAGCUCUAAAGGUUCACUAUCCUCCGAGGGGAACCUCCCUGUCAGUGAGUCCAGGUGAGCAGGUGCUGGAGGGGCAGCAGGUGACCUUUACCUGCCAAUCAGACGGAGCCCCGCCCCCCACGCUGGUGUUGAGGAGGGAGGGGGAGGAGGUUCAGAGGACAGACUCCGCCUCCUCCUCUCUCUCCUUCAGCCUCUCCUCCGCCCGGCUGCAGGACUCCGCCUCCUACCUGUGUGAAGCAUCCAAUCAGUACGAAGCACAACUGAUGACCCGAUCCAUCACCGUCACAGCGCCCCCCAGGAACACCUCGGUGCUGGUCCUGCCCUCUACGGUGGUCCAUGAGGGACAAACCAUCACCGUCUCCUGCCACACCGUCUGCUUCCCGCCCGCCGCCGUCAGUCUGAAGAACCUGGCCAAUGGGACGGAGCUAUACUCGUCCAACGGCACCUUCCUAUUGGUCAACGUGACGGCCAGAGACUCUGGGAUGUACCAGGUCAACGUGACCAACGAGCUGGGGUUCCAGGUCAGAGUGUUCAGCAUCCGGGUCAGAGAAAGGAGCUCCAGUCCUCCCAAUCUCGGCAGCGUUCUCAUCCCAGUCCUCUGCUCCGCCGUUGGGCUCGCCGCCGCCGCUCUGCUCCUCGACUUGCUGAGGAGAUCCAGGAAGAAAGGUUUCUAUCAGCUGCCGCAAACUGCACCGCCGUCAGCCUGAGGGACGCUAACCGCGGGCUACUGACUUUCAGCAUGUGGCUACCAGUUUACAUCAAGUAGCUACCCCUCAAACAUGUGGCUAGCAUCCCCAAACAUGUGGCUAGCAUCCCCAAACAUGUGGUUAGCAUCUCUAAACAUGUGGCUAGCAUCCCCAAACAUGUGGUUAGCAUCUUCCAACAUGGUGGCUAGCAUCUCCAACAUGUGGCUAGCAUCUCCAAACAUGUGGCUACCACCUCCAACAUGUGGCUAGCAUCUUCCAACAUGGUGGCUAGCAUCUUCCAACAUGUGGACUAUCUCCAAAAAAGUGGCUAGCAUCUCCAAACAUGUGGACUAUCUCCAAACAUGGUGGUUAGCAUCUCCCAACAUGUGGCUAACACCUCCAACAUGUGGCUAACACCUCCAAACUUCUGGCUAGCAUCUCCAAAAAUGUGGCUAGCAUCUCCCAACUUUUGGCUAGCAUCUCCUAGCAUGUGACCACCAUCACCAACAUGUGGAGUAUCUCCAAACGUGUUGCUAGCAUGUCUAAACAUGUGGCUAGCAUCCCCAAACAUGGGGCUAGCAUCCCCAAACAUGUGGUUAGCAUCUCCAAACAUGUGGUUAGCAUUUCCAAACAAGUGGACGGAAUUUCCAAACAUGUGGCUAGCAUCUUCCAACAUGUGGACUAUCUCCAAACAUGUGGCUAGCAUCACCAAACAUUCUGUGGCUACCUUGUAAUUGCACCUUCUGUUUUGAUAUGCUAACAUGUGGCUACUGUGUCCAAACAUGUGGGUACCACCCUCCUAAUUUGUGACUGCUAACAUGCUAACCUGUGGCUUUGAUAGCUCAACAUGUGGCAACCACUUUUCAAAAACAUUACUGCAUCAUUCCUGGACACUCCGACAACAUGGGACUACUUUGUGAGCGGGAUUUUACCACUUGACAAUUUAUUUAUAAAGUUUGUUUAUAUAACUAU